UACGACCCAGACGGACGAACAACAACCAGCUUCUGUGGUGCGAUGGAGACUGCAAACACCCAGAAGGCUGAGCAGAACACAGAAGCACAGAGUUCCCUUGAACUACAAAAUUCAUCUUUUCACUACGUACAUGUCAAGUUAGAAGAGCAUGAGCCUACAGACCUCAGCACCAAGGAGCUCAUCCUGAAGAAAGCCAAAGAAACCUGCAAGUGCAAUUGCCAAAGCAUCAUCACCUUCUUCUGCAAGCUGUUCCCAGUGCUGGAAUGGCUUCCUCGGUACCAAAUCAAAGAGCAGUUGCUCGGGGACAUCAUCUCUGGGUUCAUGGUGGCAAUAGUUGCCAUCCCACAGUCAAUAUCCUACUCCCUCUUAGCAAGCCAAGAUCCUAUAUAUGGACUCUACACUAACUUCUUCUGCUGUAUCAUCUACUUUGCUAUGGCCACCUCCCACCAUAACAGUGUUGGCUCCUUUGGUGUUCUGUGCCUGAUGAUUGGGCAGUCUGUGAACCGGCAACUUCAGCUAGCAGGGUAUGGUGAAGAUGACACUGGGUUUGCCCUGCAAAUGAAUUCCACAUUCUCUAGCAAUGGGACGGCCACCUGUGAGAAAAGCUGCUAUGCAAUCAAAGUGGGAAUUUCUUUAAGUUUCCUUGUUGGUCUUUACCAGAUCCUUCUGGGCGUUUUCCAGCUGGGCUUCAUUGCUGUGUACCUGUCAGAACCCCUCCUGAGUGGCUUUGUGACUGGCUCCUCCCUGACUAUUCUUACCUCCCAGAUGAAGUACCUCCUAGGGUUGAAAAUCCCUCGCCACGAAGGGAUAGGGUCUCUUAUCCUGACAUGGGUGGACAUCUUCAGAUACAUCCGGAACACCAACAUCUGUGACCUGGUAACUAGCUUGAUUGCUUUGGCUGUCAUUGUGCCAAUCAAAGAAAUCAAUGCCCGGUAUAAGGACAAGAUGAAGGCACCAUUCCCCAUAGAACUGGUGGUGGUCGUUGUAGCCACUUUGCUUUCAUAUUACCUUAACUUUGAAGGGCAAUAUAAUUCAGCUGUUUGUGGGACCAUCCCCACUGGCUUCAGGAAACCCACAGUACCAGAUGUGCACCUUUUCUCCAGCCUGGCAAUUGAUGCUUUGCCCAUUGCCAUAAUUGGUUUCGCAAUGACUGUCUCUCUAGCAGAAAUCUUUGCCAAAAAGCACAGUUACACUGUCCGGGCCAAUCAAGAGAUGAUUGCUAUUGGCAUGUGCAACCUGGUCCCCUCUUUUUUUUACUCCUUUGCCAGUUCUGCAGCCUUGGCCAAGACUCUGCUUAAGGAAUCCACAGGAAGCCAUACACAGCUCUCAGGUUUGGUCACCUCAGUGGUGCUGCUGCUGGUGCUGCUGUGGAUUGCCCCACUCUUUUACUCACUGCAGACCUGCAUCUUGGGGGUAGUCACCAUUGUCAACCUUCGGGGGGGCUUGCUGAAAUUUGUGGACACCCCUAAGAUGUGGCAGCUGAGCAAGGUGGACUCUGUGGUUUGGUGGGUCACCAUGCUGGCUUCUUCACUCCUCUCCACAGAGAUAGGACUCUUGGUAGGGGUCUGCUUUGCCCUCCUCUGCAUUAUUUUCCGCACCCAAAGACCCAGAGCCACUCUCCUAGGCAAGGUCAGCAACACUGAAAUCUAUGAAGAUCUGUUCACUUACAAGAAACUCAGUAGCAUUGCCAAUAUCAAGAUCUUUAGGUUUGAAUCCUCCCUUUACUAUGCCAACAAGGACUACUUCAAGAGCGCGCUCUAUCAGAAAACUGGAGUAAAUCCUGCCGUGGUCUCUGCCAAACAACAGAAAUCUGCCAAGAAGGGAGUCCAGAAAACAGAGGUUCCUGUUCCCUCCAUAGGUAUGCACACCUUAAUCAUUGACUGUGGGGCCAUGCAGUUCAUUGACACAGUAGGACUUUCAGCGCUGAAGGAGACCCGCCAGGACUACAAGGAAGUUGGUAUCCAGGUCCUGUUGGCCAAUUGCAACCCGUCUAUCCGGCGCCUACUCCAGGAUGGGGGCUGGGCCAGCAAAACAGAUGAUGGUGAGCACCUGGCUUUCCACAGUGUCCACAAUGCUGUGCAAUUUGCUGAGAGACAGUUUGAGGAUAGCAAGGCAAAAGAGGCAGCUUUCCUUGACUCUGAAGUUCAGGACAUCUUGGAGGACCUAAAUUUCCCAGCUGAUCUGUAGAAAGGGGGAGGAGGAUUGGUUCACUUUCAACAGGGGUGCAUUUAGUGCAAAGCUCAGACCUCUUUUUUAAUCUUGUUAUACUCAGAGUAUGCAGAGCACCCCAAG